UUCAUUAGCGGACAUUGUGUGUGACAUCUAGUUUAAGUUUUUGUGUAAAAUGCGGGUGUCUUUAAUUUGUCAUAUUUCAUUUUUAGGAAGUGUAAGCCUUUUUGUAACUGCGACACGCAAAGAUGUAUGCGACCAGUGUGUACACAAAGAUAAGUGCUCAUUAUUCGGUAACAUGACCCCACAUGAACAACAGGGUUGGGUCACUAAAUAUCCUUGUUCAAGCCCUCAUAAUCAUGGGAACAGAGUUGGUGGUUUUACUGCGAAUGCUAAUGAAGACUAUAUAUGCUGCCCAAAUGGAAUUUGGGAUCUAGAGAAACAAAACUCAGCCAAUAAUACCAAAGUGAAUCCUGCCAGUGGUAAUUUAGAUCCGUUAAUAUCAAAUCCUAAACCGUCUCACCCCGAAGACCUUAGUGUUGACCAAGGAAAACCUAAACCACGAGUAAACGUUCUUAUCCCGAGAACACCGCAGCCGACACUUGAUCCUGGAAUAAAAACCUCGUAUUUUCCAAGUUUAAAUAAUAGCCCGGGAAAUAUAAACACAUAUAGCCAGUGUUCCCCAUUAACAAGCUUUCCGCUUGAUCCUAAUACGGGGUGUUGUGGCCUGGAGGCUACUGAAACUGACAGGCUAACAGCCAUCCCGAAUACAAUUUGGGCUCAGAAACCGUAUAUCCAAAAUACUUGGAAACCCAUAAAACCCAUGCUUGACCCAUCAAUACCAUUAUGGCAGAAUAGUCAGAGUCAUAUCAAUCGCAAGAAAAGAGAAUUAAUUAAGUCGUCGACUCGCAUCGCAGGUGGUACCGAAACAGAGUUAUAUCAAUAUCCGUGGACAGCUCUGUUGAAAACGACAUUCAAUUAUGGGACCCACAAAGCGGCGUUCAAUUGUGGAGGAUCUCUCAUCAGUUCUCGUUACGUACUCACCGCCGGACAUUGUGUGUUUGAUCCAAACGGCACAAUAGCCAAUGUUGAAGUUCAUUUAGCAGAAUACGAUAAGCAAUCGUUUCCAGUCGACUGCAAAAUGGUCUUAGGUGUCGGUCAGAAGUGCAUACAAAAUUUAAUAAUGUACGGAGAAGAUGUCAUUCGACACCCCCUAUAUGACGACAAUAGCCUCAGUAAUGACAUAGCAUUAAUCAGACUACGUGGGAACGUUCAAUAUACAGAUUAUAUUCGACCAAUUUGUCUGCCCCCAAUCAAUAUUGACGAUCCGGAGUUUUCGAACUUCCGAUUAGCGGUAGCCGGAUGGGGUAGUAACGGUCGCUUCAUAUCUGACAUCAAACAAUCGACGGUCGUCAAUCUAGUGCCACAGGCGCGAUGCAAAUUUUUUUAUCCGGCUCUGAGCGACACACAGCUUUGUGCCGCCGGGUAUAGUGGAGAGGACACAUGCAAAGGCGACUCCGGAGGACCCUUAAUGACCGUCUACGGCGGGAAGUACUUUGUCGUGGGUGUAGUCAGUGGAAAACGGGCUGACUCCCCCUGUGGGACAUCCGUGCCUUCGCUUUAUAGUAAUGUCUACCGGUACAUAGACUGGAUUCGGAGUAACAUUCGUAAUUAAUUCCCUUUUGAUGUUUUAAAGUGUUGCUAUGUUUAUUUUUUGUUUUUUUCCGUGCAAUGUAAAUAAAACUUCUUUGCGAGCGCAUUAAAUGAGUUUUAUAUCGUGUCUAGUGGUGGCUAAGU